AUGGCGAGUGUUUGGGUUUCUCUUCCGGGAACCAUUUUCAGCACCGAGACUUUACUCUUCCUAUUUUCUAUAUUGUUGCUCCGGGGGCCUCUUUGCGGUGAGGGCAGCCCAAUCUCGAACGCCGACCAGAGGCUUCGACCCACUCCGGGGCUGAAAGACGGACUGGGCAGGGCGGCGGACGUGUCUCAGCCGGAGCAGGACAACAAUCUGAUCAUGCAGGGUGUGCUGGAGAGCCUGAAAGAGCAGUUCCUGCAGACAUUCAACCUGUCCGGCUUGGGUCCACCUCCGCUGCCACCGGGAAGCGUACGAGAGGAGCCGCCUGAGUACAUGAUGGAGCUCUACAACCGCUUUGCCAAUGACCGCACCUCAGCGCCGAGUGCCAGCAUCAUUCGCAGCUUCAAGAAUGAGGAUUCCUCUUCAAGCACUGUUGGUGUCGGGGGAGUAAGGCGCCACCCGCUCCUCUUCAACGUGUCAGUCCCCCAUCACGAACACAUCACCGCAGCCGAGCUACGUCUCUACACGCUCGUCCAGACUGACCGCCACCUGUUUGCCGGCGUCGACCGCAAAGUCACGAUCUACGAACUGGUACGUCAUGACGAAGAGGACAACAGCACAGACGAGAAUUUUGCGAGAGGAGACGACCUUGGGGGUCAACAGGCGCAUACGGAGCUGUUGGAGUUGGCGUCGAGACAAGUGUACGGCACCGACGAUGGCUGGGAAGCGUUCGACCUCACCGCUUCUGUCCAGCGGUGGCGUAAAUCUGAGCACGGGACCACUCAUCGUCUGGAGGUGCACAUUGACAGCGUGGCCGGCGAAGACACGCGACGUGUCGCAGACCGAGGUAAAAAUGAGAAUACCGAAGCGGACAUGAAGAUUGACACCAACGUGAAGGAAAAACACAAGCCCCUGUUGAUCGUUUUCUCGAAUGAUGAAAGCGGCGAUCAUCGUGAUGACAAGCAUGACCUGGAAGAGAUGAUCGACCACGAAACCUCCAACGUCAUGCUCCGAAACGACUUGGGAAAUGACUUGCCGGGCGAGCUGGAGACAAAGGGCUACGACAGCAAUGACGAGUCCGAACCGGAUGAAGCCGACCUGCUCCAGAUGCGCUCGAAUCUGAUCUACGACACGAGCUCGCGCAUCCGUCGCAACGCCAAGGGAAACCACUGCAGGAGGCAACCUCUGCACGUAGAUUUCAAGGAUAUCGGAUGGGACAGUUGGAUCCUGGCGCCCGGCAGUUACGACGCCUACGAGUGCGCUGGGAUCUGCUCGUUCCCGCUCACAAAGCACGUCACACCCACCAAACACGCCAUCGUCCAAACGCUGGUCAACAUCAACAGUCCUCAGAAAACAGCGCGAGCGUGUUGCGUGCCCACCAAGCUGGAUCCCAUCUCACUCCUGUACCUGGACGACACAGGCGUGGUCACGUAUAAGCAUAAGUAUGAAGGGAUGGCGGUGGCCGAGUGCGGCUGUCGAUAGCCGCACUCUGGAGGAGUGACGUGAAGUCAACCAAAAGCUAAACGAGUCCGAGAGUGCCAUUGGACUCUCAAUCAGUAGGACUGGAAGUGCAUGUAAUCACUUUUUAUUAAGUCCUUGUGUGGCUGGACUUUGUCCGUCGAGACAGAAAAGACGAUAUCUUCUUCGUCGUGGAUGGCGGCCGCCGACGCGGUGAGCUCAGAGGCAGCGGCGGUCAGGCAAGAGUGACGCUCACGCGUCUUUUUGCCAGCGCGACUCAAAGUUACAAGAAGUUCCGAAAGCGGAUCUAAGCCAGCACAUUCUGCUGCGUAUGCAAUUGUCUGUGGGAACUCGUGGGCCAGAGGUUCCCCCUCCUGCUCCGUCCCCCUGACAUGUGUUUUCCUCUCCACUUAUCUCCGCCCUCCCCACUUGAUGCAAGCACUAAUCAGCUCUUCAUGCUCCCUGCCACAAUGAAAUGACCUCCUGGAGGCAACCUGACAAGACUUGAACUCUCCAGGCUCGCCUCCUGCAGGCCCCUGAUAUGUGGGCACCACCACUGGCGGGGUUAUCUGUCCCAACCCAGUUUCCCACUUCACAUGACUCUUUUCCACUACCAAACCAAACACACACACACACACACAAAAGUGAUAGCAUGGUGUUUGAGGUUGGGAAGUAUGUACUGAUCAAACUUGGAUGUCAUUCCAGAGGAUGUUUGAGGUGUCCGUAUGAGGGAUUGAGACAAAACAAAGGACCAGGGGUUGACCGCAUUCCGAGGCAACUCAUUAUGUUAACUGUCUCACCUUGCUGACCUCGCAUGUCCUAGUCCUCAUCCAUCACUUGGAUGCUAAAUGGCCUUUCGGGGGGGGGGGGGGGGGGGGGCGUUAUAUUUAUCAUAUGUGAACCAAAGUCAGGGACUUAAAAAGAAGCAAAGUUGUCUCGAUAAAACCUAAAAGAAAAAUAUGUUUUCUUUUGUUAUAAGGCUUUUGAUACCUCUGCUGCUUGUAAUAAACACACUACUAUUUAUUGUUCUAAUUUAUUCUUCCUUUUUUUCAAGUGAAACAAAUAUUGAUAGUUACAUUUCGAGUUAAAGUGACUUAUUUUUCUGGGUAGGUGUCUUUUAGCUAAAAAUUAUGCAGGAAAGUGGCAAAGGUCCAAAGACAAAAGCACUGUUUGAAUUAUUACCAUCGCAAAAAAUAAAAAAUAAAAAUAAUUACAUGUCCUUGCAGUUUCUCAAGAGAUUUAAAACGUAAAUUUCUAAUUGCUCGACAUUAGGGGGUCGCACUCAUUUUUUGUCACGGGCCACAUCGUAGUUCUGGUUUUCCUCAGAGGGCCAUUAUGGCUGUGAACCAAUUUCAAUUCAUGUCUCACAUCAUCACGUAUACACAACAAUUUGGUGGAGAACCAAUUUUUUUAAAUCCACUAAUUUUCAAAGGGUGAUGAGUAACAAAAUAUGCUUGCGAUAUCUCAAUGUGAUUAAAAGUGAAGGUAAUUUGCAAUUUGGGUAUUUUAGUAGGCAAAUACGAAGGUGACGAACAAGCUUUGCAUUUGUGGGCCACAUAAAAUGAGGUGGCGGGCCAAAUCUGGCCUCAGGGUCUUGAAUUUGACAUCUGUGCUCUAGAUGAUUCAAAAAGGCAUUUGGAUCCCAGAACAAAAUGAAUGACAAAUUCAUUCAAAACAUUGAAUGCUUCUUUAAGUUUAAGUUCAUGUGAAUUCCUCAUGAUCUUCAUAUGUUGUGGUGUCGUUUGGCUAUUUACAAUGAAGAUGAGGCUUGACAUUUUGAGCGAAAGAGCGCACUGGAUGGUUAAGAAUCAUUUGGCCUGCUUCUUCUCCAUUGCUUUCUACAUCCAUUGGUAUCAGCGUACAGGUCAGAGUUCACCUCAUGGCUUCCAAACAAAGAAGCAUGGGAAAGUGAUUAGCGGGACUGUUAAUGACGAAAAUGGAUUGUGUGUGUGCGCUCACACUGACACUGUGAUGGAAAACCUGUGCGUGAGGCUGAGCACUGAUAAAUUGUUCUGAAUGAUGAUGACUCCUGCGAUUGGCCGGCAACCGGUUCAGGGUGCCCCCCGCCGACCGGGAGAGGCUCCAGCGCGGCCUCGACCCUUGUGAGGAUAAUCGGAUUAGAAAAUAGAUGGAUGCGGUGAAUGGAUGAUGACUGUUGUCAAAUUGUAAAAUCCUGACUGCAAUAUUGUAUUGCUCUUUUCGUGUACCAACGCACAAUGAGGUUGUAAAUAAAGGAUGUGAUCCAAUUUA